UGCCUGCUGAUGCUGGCCUACAAGGACAAGUCCGAGCGGGCCAAGGGCCUGCGGGAGCGCAGCAGCCUGACGCUGGAGGACAUCUGUGGCCUGGAGCCCGGCCUGCCCUACGAGGGCCUGGCCCACACGCUGGCCAUCGUUUGCCUGUCCCAGGCCGUCAUGCUGGGCUUCGACAGCCGCGAGGCCAUGUGGGCCUGGGACGCCCGGAUCCGCUACGCGCUCGGCGAGGUGCACAGGUUCCACGUGACGGUGGCUCCAGGCACCAAGCUGGAGAGCGGCCCCGCCACUCUUCACCUCUGCAACGACGUCCUUGUGGUGGCCAGGGACGUGCCCCCGGCCGUGGCCGGGCAGUGGAGGCUGUCUGACCUGCGGCGCUACGGGGCCGUGCCCAGUGGCUUCAUCUUCGAGGGCGGGACCAGGUGUGGCUACUGGGCCGGAGUCUUCUUCCUGUCCUCAGCCGAGGGAGAGCAGAUCAGCUUCCUGUUUGACUGCAUCGUCCGCGGCAUCUCCCCGACCAAGGGCCCCUUUGGGCGGCGGCCGCUGCUCCCAGACCCGAGCCCUGGGGGGGCUUCCACCACGGAGGAACGAGUGGCCCAGGAGGCCCUGGAGGCCCUGAAGCUGGAGAAGCGGCUCAGCCUCCUCUCCCAUGUGGUCCGGCCGGGGAGCGGAGGGGACGACCGCAGCCUGUCCAGUUCGUCGUCGGAGGCCAGCCACUCGGACGUCAGCGCCGGCAGCCGGCUCACGGCCAGCACGUCGUGUCCCGCUGGCUGGCCGGGCACGAGGCGGCAGGGACAGGCGGCGGAGGCCCUGGGCAGCGAGGGCCCUGGCGAGGCCUGGGACGCCGGCAGCCCCCACGCUGGGCCUCCUCCGACUUUCUUUUCCACGUGUCCAGUCUGUGGAGGACUCAAGGGAGCAGCUGCCUCGCGUCCUGGGCGUCCGAUGGCGCAUUCAGGAACCCCGGGGCCUGCAAGACCGUGCAGCGAGGCGCCCCCCUACAUGAACAUCCCCGUCAGCCCCUCCCCCAGGACGCCGCUGCACUACACGGGCCUGGAGCUCCGGGGGGCCGGCGCGGGGGUCCGAGGGGCCGGCGCCUCCUGCUACGCGCAGAUCGACAUCGCGGCCACCGAGGCGGCCCACAGGGCGGGGACCCGGCACGCGCAAACCCGGGAGGAGCGGCUGCCCGAGCUGGAGCAGAGGAGGAAGGGGCCCCCGAGGUGAGGACAGGCCUCCCUUCUUUGCUCCUUCAUCUUCGCUGCAUCCUCGGUGGCCUGGGCUCCGCGGCGGCGGCGACCUCCUGGCUGGCUGCAAGGUGGCCGUGGCUGGUCCCCACGCCCUCCCCGCCCCACAGGGCACCGGUGCGCAGACCUGGCCUCGGAAAGCCACGCUGGAGCUCGGGCAGGUCAGGCGGGCCAUGCGUCCAGGCGCCAGCUUGCCGCUGGUGACCCGAGACAGCACCGCGUCCGGCCCUGGGGGUCGGGGCGGUCAGAGAGCAGUUUUCACCGCGCUGGGCGUGGUGGCCACCCAACUGAUGACAGACAUGUCCUCGGAACACACGGGUCCCCAAACCACAGCAAGGCCAGGCCAGGCCCCGCCCUCCCGUUGCCCCCGCUCCCCAGCAGCCUCCAGCCGUCCCCACUCCUGGGUCACCGCUGCCCUGUGCCGGGCAACGCUGCCUCCAGUGACCCUGGGGGCGGGAGGGCCGGUCCACCUUCCGACUGGUGAGGCUGCUAGCAUGGCCCCACGUGUGGUCACCGGCGGCCCGGCGUCUUAGGACCCAUUACAGUGAGUCAUGUAAAUAGUUCUAAAUCGCUAAUGUUCUAUUUUUAAUACACACAUUAUUUUCCUGAAGGCUGAGGUGAUCU